CCUUCCAGGGAUCCGUACUGCGGCGCAGGCGCAUGUCCGCAGUGAGAGGGUGAACCUGACCAGAGUGACUCUGCCACCCUGCACCAUUGUGACGCUGUGGCUCCAUGUUGAUCCAGUGUAGGUACAGAGGGUAAAGUCAGCGGACAUGGCUCUCAGAAGGUGCUGGAGGUUCACAGGAGCGGUCCCGCGGCUGCUGUGGCGGAGAACCGUCCAGCCCGGUGCUUCUGUCCCGGGGGGACGGAGCUCUGUGUCCAGCCUCGAUCACACUCAGCCCGGCUGCACAAACAAAGCGUUGCUUCUGUGCAGGGCCUUCACUUCAGCGCCACCAAGCACAGAUGUGACAUACAAGCAGCUGAAGCAGCUCCUGGCCAGCAGCGAAGCUGUGGUUAUAGAUGUCAGGGAGCCCUGGGAGCUCAGAGAGUACGGCUUCAUCCCCGGGGCCAUUAACAUCCCCUUGGGACAGGUGAACACCGCCCUCCAGCUUGGUCCGGAAGAUUUCAGAGAAAAGUAUGGUGGUGAAAUGCCCGAGCAGACAGACAACAUCGUGUUCACCUGCCUGGCAGGGAUUCGGAGCGAGAAGGCAGUCAAGGCAGCUGUGUCGCUGGGAUACAAAGACAUUCAUCAUUACCCGGGUGGAUGGAAAGACUGGGCGUCAAAUGAGCAACACAACUGAUCCAGGGUUAAAUGAAGACAUAAAGCAUAUGAAUCUGUUUUUUAAUUUAUCUGACAUCAAACUUGAGUCAGAAGUUCGUCCACUGUCUUGUUAAUUUAAGAGCCUGAGAUGUUAGUUGUUCUCCUCAAAAGUGAAAACAGAGGACUCGACACACAUCAGCAAUAAUCAUUUCAACAGUGGUAGAAAAAUGAUUUGAAGUUUCUUGUAAAUAUGUUGUGUGAUCACAAUUGUUCAGCGCUAAGUACAAGUGUGAACACACUUGGGAUGCAUGUGGCCACAUACGAAUGAAUGUUGCAACAGUUUAAAUAUAUUUUUACACUUCUUAGUUGUCCAUGUGUCGAUUUGUUUGUAGCCACCAACACAAUAUCAAAACUGACCACCACAAGAUGACUGAUCGAACUGUAAAAACAAUAUACCUCGGUCUUCGCAAACACAAAUGUCGUACUUGAUUAUUUGCAUUUAGAGAAGAGAAGUGAGAUUCAACCACAGUUGGUCACAGGAGACACAUUCAGGACACACGUUAGUGCCAGGUGUGAACAGACAAAUUUAACACUGUCUACUUGUGACUGCAUCUCUGAGGGCUUAUGUUAAAACCAGGUCUGAACAGGACCAUUUGGGCAGUGACUGUAAUAAUCAGCACAAUUAUAAUCAGACCAUGUAAAAAAUGUGCUUGAGUGUUUAUUUUCAGAAUAACUAUGCAAAUGACUGCUUACCUGUGUUUGAUUGUGGGUGAAUGAGCCUCCCAUUACAUAUUUGUAAAUAUAAAAUAGUGUGUUGCUCAACUGUCUGUGUAGUUGUUGCCAGCAUCAUUCAAUAAAUAAAGUUAUAGUUUUGAUUACCGUUAA